ACAUCCCUGACCCAGAAGCAAUAAUGAGGAGACUAACAGACGACCCACUGGCGCCACCUUUUUCAUCACCAAAAAGUGAAUCUAUUUUGACGAUGUCUGAUGAGCAUGCUAUGCCAGACACGAAGGGGAGUAGCCCUGAUGGAGGGUCAAGGUCAGCUAAAGACGCCCUCCUCGAAGUGUUAGAAAAAUCUGGUGUAAAGACAUUUGAGAAAGACCAGCUUUAUUCUACAAAUACAGACCCUGUGAUGAUGUCAGACAUUGCACUGGAUGUGAACUAUGAUAAUGGUGAGGCCAAGGGGCCCCCGAGUACAUUUAAUGGC